GUGUUUGCUCUAACUUCAUGUGCUAAUUCUGAACUCCAAACAGCUCUCUGCUGCCCUGAGGUUCAGGUCCAGGUGCUGCAGGACUGUGGAAAGAUGAGUGUGCAGAUUCAGAGCCCACAUCAUCCGUGAGGGAUGCACCGUGACACUGCUUUUAUGUCAGCUGGGUCCUGGUGCUGGGGAGCUGCUGAGAUUGCAGCAAACCAAAUGGAUGCAGCCAAACUCCUCAGGAAUGACUCAUUAAGCUUGGGACAGGUAAGAACAGAGGUGAAAUACCCUGACAUGCAACUAAACAAAAUACAGAGCUCGGGCCGCGGUGCCGGGGAUCUCCCGUGGCGCUCCUGCGGCCCGCGGACUGCCAUGACGAGCAUCGCCGACCUCCCCGAGGACGUGCUGGUGGAGCUGCUGUCGCUGCUGCCCGCCCGGGACCUGCUCCGCACCUGCCGGCUGGUGUGCACGCAGUGGCGCUACGUGGUGGACCUGACCACCCUGUGGAAGCGCAAGUGCCAGCGCGAUGGGUUUUAUCGUCAGAGCUUGGACAGAAGCGUCUCUGACUGGAAGAUCUUCUAUAUGCUCUGCCACUUGAAGAGAAACUUAAUCAAAAACCCUUGUGCUGAAGAGAACUUCCAGCACUGGACACUUGACAAGAAUGACGGAAAUAGGUGGAAAAUUGAGGAUCUGCCUGGAGCUCAUGGAAAUGAUAUGCCAGACACCGCAGUACGCAAAUACUUUGUCACUUCAUAUAGGCCAUGCUUCAAGUCUCAACUCAUUACCCUGGAGAAGGAAGGCUAUUGGAAUCAGCUGAUGGAUGAGAAACGGCCUGAAAUUACAGUCAAGGACUGGUACGCUGCCAGGUUUGAUUGCGGGUGCCGCUACGAGCUCAUCGUGAGGCUGCUCUCCGAAGAUUACAUCGUCCUGGUGGAAUUCCAUCCUGAGCCUGUGGUCAUUGAGCAGUGGAGUGAUGCCAGGUGGAGAGAGAUUUCUCACACCUUCCGGAAUUACCCAGCAGGAGUUCGUUACAUCUUGUUUCAGCACGGAGGCCAGGACACGCAGUUCUGGGCAGGAUGGUACGGGGUCCGUGUGACAAACAGCAGCAUCACCAUUGGGCCCCUGACAUCGUUGUGAAGCACUACGGAAAAGCACUGUGCUUGCUUUUACCUCAGGACUGGAACCAAGUGGCUGCAGGUGCACUGUUUGUCUGUACUGUCUGGGUGUGUCCUAGCUUUGUCUUGCAGCUCUUGUUCACAGCAGAACUUCAGCAGAACCAGCCCUUUGGAAGGGCGUUGUCUUCAUCUUCCAUUCUCUUCUACCAUGGAUGCUAUUCCAAUUAUUGGUGCCCUUUCAGAGAAAAACUGGGACAAUUAAAUAUGAGGUCUAUCUUUUCUAGUUAAUACAUUCUUAUGCUAACAUACAUGGUCUUAAAGACAAUUUCUUUUUUAUGAAACACAGGAAAGAUAAGGCUAAAAUACUUAAUUUCAGAUUACCAAUGGUAUCUACAAGGACUCUGCCACAGAUUGUUUUGUACAGUAGUUUCUUUCCUGUUUCAGUUUUAAGAUUCAGUUAAGAUUUAUGAUCUGCAUCAGACCCUUUAUAGCAUCAGGAAACUGUCACCCCUUGUUCCUAAGUGCUGUGUCACUGGUAGUGAAUUCCUUACCCUUUCUCUAAGUGUGUAUCAUCAAAAUGGUACCUGCCUUCCUAUCCAAAACAGUCCCUUGGUGAUUGAAUAAACAGGUAGAGAAAGAGGAGGUAAGAAGUCCCUUCAGGCAGCUGCCUAAUAACACAAGUGCCUUUUGAUUGUGCUGGGCUUUUCCCACAUCACCUUUGGUUUAUACUGAGCAGUGUAACCCAAUAUAAAAUGUUAAAGCA